AUGAAUUAAGUACAACUAAUAUAGAAUUUUAAUGUAUAAAUGAAGUAUAGGAUGUAUGUAAAAUAUUUCAUAAUAAUAUAGUUUAUAGUUUUGUAUUUUAAAAAACACCUUAAAAGAUAAUACCAACAAUAGAAAAUAGUUAGUAAUUAAAGUCUAUAACAAAUAUUUAAGAAUAAUUAAUAAACAAUUAAACAAAUAAUAAUGCUGACGUAAUCUAUAUAGGACUUUAUAAUAAUUAAUCAAAAACAAUAGAUUUAUAAUUUAAAAUAGUUACUUAUAAUGAUGAUAAUAAUGAAUCUAUGUUUGAACGUAAUAAAAUAAUUAUUAUAAUAACUGCUUGUGUAAUUGCAACUUUAUUAUUAUUUGCUAUUGGUAUAUCUGCAUUAAGAACUAGAAAAUAAAAAUAAAUUAGAAAAUAAGUAUAAGAAGAUAUACGUAGAAAUUUAAAUAAUGAUUAAUAAUAAACUAAUAGAGUAUUUGAUCCAGCUAUAUAUAAAGGUAAUAUUAAUAUAAUUAAUAAGGUUUCUAAAUUAGAUUUAUUAAAGAUCAUUUUAAAGCUCAUUAUUAUGAUAAAUUUAUAUCAAUAUAUCCUGGAUUAUCAUAAUUUUAAGAAUGUGCUGUAUGUUUAGAAUAAAUGAAUAAAGGAAAUAAUAAAUUAUAAAGAAUUUGUUCUGUAACACCUUGUUUUCAUAUAUUUCAUUAUAUAUGUCUUUAAGAAUGGUUAUUAAGAUAAAAAAAUUGUCCAUUUUGUAGAACUGAAUAUACUAGAAAAAAGAUUAUUUAAGAUUUUCCAUGGUUAGAUAUUGGAAAUUUAUAAAUCAAAAAUACUGAUUCUAAUUAUCUAUCUAGAAUCAAAAAUUAAAUUGAAAGUGUUAAUGAAAGUCGUAUAGAAUUAAAUAAUCAUUAAUAAAUACAAUAAACACAAUAAUUAGAAGAAAUUAAAGAUUGA